GACUCUGUCAACAUAAAUCUCCCUAAGAUUGACAACACAGGUGAUCAAUUAUUGCCGAUAUGGCAUCGCCGAGAGCGUCUUUUAACGUCCCCCUCCACAUGUAAUUACAGCGAUGGCUGAGGGAGAUGCGGUCGGUAAUCAAUAGGCGCUUGCAGGUACGCGCUGCUGCCUCUUCACACGAGCGCGCACACGCACACUGUCUCGCUUGUUUUCUUCCCCAGCGCUGGAUGUGAGACGUCAGCGUCACCACCGCAGCCCGUAGACACACACAGCCUGCGGCCACACGUUUUACCACCGCGUCUGGAAGAAGCGAAGCCCGGAGAGCGCAACAUAUUGACAGGCGAAUAUUUCCCCGCUGCGUUAUCACCUUUCUGCGGAGACCAGAUAAGGCCACUCCAUGACAGUCUCGCGUCGCGCACAACGUCUUUGCGCAUCCCUCAUCUCGGAAUUGCUGAAAAUACUAUAAGACAUUACACAACGCCGAAUGCACCGCGCUAGACCUGCCAUGACCGCAGGGGUUCGUGGAAUGGCUCGCUUGGGGUUGUGUGGGGUUUUACUCGGGCUGCUGAGGCUCAGCUCGGCUUGUCCUGUGUCGUGCUUUUGCAAUGCCUCGAGGAUCUCGUGUAUCGAUCAAGAACCGGGGAUCGAGGAUUUCCCUGUCUUGGUGCCGGAGUCUGACAUGGAAAACAUCACGGAUAUAUAUAUCUCAAAUCAAAAAAGGCUAAUUACAAUCAAUGAGGACCAUAUGAAGUUCUACUCAAAUCUCAGGAAUUUAACAGUGACCAAUACUCACCUGACAUAUGUAUCUACGAUGGCCUUCUUCAACAAUUCCAAGCUUCAAUAUCUGAAUCUCAGAGACAACAACUUAGCAACACUCUCUUGGAGGGCACUUCGUAAUUCAAACUUGUCGACAUUAUUGCUCUCCGGGAACCCUUUGCAAUGUGAAUGUAAGAACAUCUGGAUCAAAGUCUGGUUGGAUGACAGUGAGAGAGAGGGGCUGCAGUGUCUACAGGAAGGAAGAGCAAAAGUCCUCUCUAGACUCACUCUUUCUGCAUGCGAAUAUCCACGUGUCGAGGUCAUCCCUGCUGUUGUUAGUCAAAUGGCAGGAAGUGAUGCGACAGUGACGUGUAGUGUGGCAGGAGCCCCGACCCCUGAGCUCUCCUGGAGUUUAAACUCCAGUGAUCACCCUCCUCUCUCAACCAUGCAUGAGAUUUCUCACAAAAUGGAGCUGCAGUCUAUUCUGACUCUAAGUGGACUUUCACCUGAUGACAAUGGCAGAGAGCUCACCUGUAGUGCUGAGAACAUUGUGGGCCAGACUGAGGCUUCGGUCCUUCUCAAUAUUCUUUUUCCCCCUACUAUCGUGCAGCUGUACCAGCCCGUGAGGAACCAGGACUGGUGCAUCCCUUUCACUGUGAUGGGCAACCCGAGGCCUGAUCUGCACUGGUACCACGAGGGGAAGCUGCUGGAGGAGCAGCAGUACAUCAGGACCGAAAUCCAUGAAAUCACGGAUACGGAGUACCACGGCUGUCUGCAGCUGGUCAUUCCCACUCAUAUCCAUAACGGCAUUUACACGCUGGUGGCUAGCAAUGAGUUCGGAGAGGACAGGGGAAAUGUGUCGGCUCACUUCAUGCACAUACCUGAUGUGGACCACUCAGGGACAGAGGGAGUGUUCUAUUACGACACAACUUUUAGUCCAGAAAACCCGCCCCUGGAUGACAACGCAGCGAUUUACAUAGUGAUUGGAAUAGCAGCGGUUGCUUUUGCUGGAUGUAUGCUGAUGACAGUUUUCCUCAAGUAUGGCAGAAGCUCCAAGUUUGGUAUGAAAGGCUCUUCAUCUGUCAUCAGUAAUGACGACGACUCUGCCAGCCCGCUUCACCAUGUUUCCAACGGCAACAACACGCCAUCAUCAUCGGAGAUGGGCCCAGAUGCCGUUAUUAUCGGAAUGACAAAGAUUCCAGUCAUUGAGAACCCCCAGUACUUCCGCAACCCCGGCGGCAUGCUGAAAUCGGACACUCUUGUCCAACACAUAAAACGUCACAACAUUCUGCUAAAGAGGGAGCUUGGAGAAGGGGCUUUUGGGAAAGUGUUCUUGGCUGAAUGCUACAACUUGUCUCCUGACCAAGAGAAGAUAUUGGUAGCUGUUAAGACUCUGAAAGAAGCCAGCGAAAGUGGGCGAGCAGAUUUCCACCGAGAGGCAGAGCUCCUGACCAACCUGCAGCAUGAGCACAUUGUCAAAUUUUAUGGCGUGUGUGUAGAAAGCGACCCUCUCAUCAUGGUGUUCGAGUACAUGAAACAUGGAGACCUUAACAAGUUUCUCAGGGCUCAUGGUCCAGAUGCGGUGCUGAUGGCAGACGGACAGCAGAGUUUGCUGGUGGAGUUAACUCAGCCUCAGAUGCUGCACAUUGCUCAGCAGAUAGCAGCAGGCAUGGUGUAUCUGGCCUCACAGCAUUUUGUGCACAGAGACCUGGCCACACGCAACUGCCUGGUGGGAGAGAACCUGCUUGUCAAGAUAGGAGACUUCGGCAUGUCCAGAGAUGUGUACAGCACCGACUACUAUAGGGUGGGUGGUCACACCAUGCUGCCCAUCCGUUGGAUGCCCCCAGAAAGCAUCAUGUACAGGAGAUUCACCACAGAGAGUGACGUGUGGAGUUUGGGUGUGGUCCUCUGGGAAAUAUUCACAUAUGGCAAGCAACCCUGGUACCAACUCUCAAACAACGAGGUGAUCGAGUGCAUCACACAGGGUCGGGUGUUGCAGAGACCUCGUACUUGCCCCAAAGAGGUGUAUGACCUGAUGCUGGGCUGCUGGCAGAGGGAGCCCUACAUGAGACUCAACAUCAAAGAAAUCCACAACCUGCUCCAGAGUCUGGCCAAGGCCUCGCCUGUUUACUUGGACAUCCUGGGCUGAUCCGUUUGCCAGUAUGGGCGUGUAAUUGUUAGUAAGAAAAAGUGUGUGUGAAUGUGUGGUAUAAAAGGAGGAAGGGAUGGUUUCAAUUAGGAUGAGUGAUUGAAUUUAGAUGUGUGUGCGUGUGUGUUUGCGUUCAUAAAAAUGGCUUGUGCUUCAGCCUUCUCACCACAUAGACUAAAGGCCUUAAAGUUGACUGUGUGCAUUGCUUUGAGUUUUCCCACAUCCGGACAUGUCCAUAUCUGUCAUGCAUCAUUAUGUUUUCUAAAAACCCCCAAAUGGUCUACAAACAGAAAUAUCUGAUUGUUGUAAAUAUGCGUCAGAGACAAUGUAGACCUUUUAUUUAUCAGCCUUUUUGAAAAAGGUCAUUUGGUUUGGAAAAGUUUGCAUUUCUGUUACCAUUUGUUUAUCGAGAUGGACAAAAUUCGGAAUGAUUGAUGAGGACCCAGUCAUUAGCACAACGCUGUCAACGCCCUGGUGACAUUCUGGCAGACUUUACGCAGAUCGCAAUACUAUUCAUACCGCAAACUAAACUAUCGAGUAACAAUCAUGCAACUGCCAGAGUCAUGUUUCAUUUGAAUUUUUUUUAACACAUCUGAUCUAAUUGUAGACUAUUCUGUGCCAAGUUUUGAUGUCUAAUGCUGAGAUCGAUGAAAGGCGUUUUUGGACAUCUCGGUGCGCCCCAUCUUACUCAGUGCGAACUUUGUACUAGAAGCACAGCGACAAAGACGCCUCCGUUUUUUGUUUUUCUGUUUUUUCUUCGGAAGAGGCUUGAGGUUGGACAGAGUGUUUGGAGUGAGCACAGAGGCAAAGUCACCAGCAGUGGCACUGAAGUAUUUCCUCAGACUUUGUUUGGCUCUCUGGCCAUAUGCGCUGAAGUUCUGAUUCAAAGGGCAAAGGUCUCUCUAACUGAGGUUCGAAGAACAAUGGGAGAGAUGCUGUUCUUGUGUCAGUCAAUGGUAACAGUCUCAUUUUUUUAACAUUAGGGUGCUUACACACUAGAAAACGUUUUGACGGAGCAUUUGAUGGAUAGAAAUGUGCAAGAUUGUGUUUUUGAAGGUGUCGAAAGAGCUGGACUGGCUAUUCGUCCAGGAUAUUUCCCUGCCCUUGGCCUGAGAGGCUGGGAUAGGUCUGGGAUAGGUUCCAGCAUCCCUACGACCCUACGUCGGACAAGCGGUUUUGGAUUAUGGAUGGAUGGAAAAAGCCAAGGCUGUUUGAAAUAAAGCAGAAAUACAGCCAAUUGGAUUUCUGAAAGCACAACUGGACCCACCUCCCUGGGAUUCUCAGUAGUCAACAGUGCGUUACAGCCAAAGUACAAAUUCCCUCAACUUUCUGUCGCAUAACAGAGCAUCGAAAUCAACAAAUUCCCUGCAUUCUCCGACGUAGUGUGAACUAGUGUGUAGGCACCUUUAAUUGUCAUCUAAACUUUGCCUUUGCGAAGACUGAAGAUUUCUUUCUUACCUGUUCCUGGGGAGUAUAUCCAUAGAUGUUGUCCAUAACGCAACAGACCCGUCUGAACAGCUGGAUUUGAUUUGUUCUCGAAUUAUUCAUUAUUAUCUGUUUAUGUAUCAACUGCGAAAUAACUGCUAAGUAAUAUGUGUAUGUGAUACUCUAUGAUCGAUUUGUUUUCGAUGUAUUGUGGGCCGUUUCAAAGCGAUGGGCUUGGUGGGCACUGUGAAGUGAAUGUUCGUGUGAGAAUGACACAAGUCGGACUGUCCCUGAGGUCACGACAGGAAGACCCUAUGAAGGGACCGUCCCAAUUCAACCUGUGUGUUUAAACCCCACCAAACAAGUUACCAGAGGAGGACGACUGACAAAUGACAGGCUUAAAUAGACCACAAAGGACUGAAUGGCAACUCAAAUUGUCAUUAUCAUAUGACAUUAUACAGUGCAUUCGGAGAGUAUUCAGACCCCUUCAUUUUUUCUAGUGCUGAGCAACGAUUAAUCGUGAUUAAUCGCAUUUAAAAUAAAAGUUAUUGUGUACAUAAUGUGUGUGUGUGUGUACUAAUGUGUAUAUUUAUUAUGUAUAUAUAAAUAUACACAUGCAUGUAUGAAUUUUAGAAAAAAAUGAUGUUUAUUUAUUAAAUAUAUUUAUAUAUAAUAUAAAUUAUAUGAACACAAAUAUAUACAUGUAAAUACAUGUAAAUAUUUUCAAAAUAUAUACUGUAUGUGUUAUAUAUAAUUAACAAAUAUACACAGUACACACACAGAUAUAUAAACAAAAACUUUUUCAUAUGUGAUUAAUUGCGAUUAAUCGUUGCCCAGCGCAAUUUUUCUCCAUUUACAUUUAUAUUGUAGCCCUAUGCUAAAAUGUAUUUUUCAUCAGUCUACACUCCUUACGCCAUAACAAAGCAAAAACAGAUCUGUAAAAAUUGCAAAUUUAUUAAAAGAAAAAAAAAUCACAAUAACUUAAGUACUCAGUACUGUGACAGCUUGUGACCUGAUAUGGGAAUUUUCUGACAUUCUCUUGCUGCAUUUCUAUUAUCCUUCAAAUUGCUGAAAAUACUGAGAAUACGCUUAAUGGAAAUGCAUCAAUUUGCAAAAUCACCCACAAAAAUUUUCAGCCAAUUCGAAAAAGGAAUAUUUCGCAACUGAAAUGGAAAUGUUUUUUUAUCAUGCAAGAAACACUUCAUAUGUGGCUGCUCUCAAGUAUAAGGGGCUUUCCCUGCCAUUAAUGUUUUGACUAUUUACACUAAACACAUCUGUGGCGCGUUACGGCUCCGACACGGCCACCGGAGCUGAUCGUGGCCACUCUAAUCAAUGCUUAUGUUUAUACCAGCCGUGCCAAGGACGUUUCUGAAGCGGCUCUCCGCGCUUCUUUCGAUUAAAUAUAGCCAAAAUCAGUCAAAAUCCCACCAAAAUCUACUGCCAUGACUUAAAAAAAUGACGUUUUAGUCGCAUAACAUCGGUUAAUGAAAAAGCUGUCAUUUCGCAAUACUUUUUUAUGAAGAGUUACAAAAUAUCGCCAAAGUUUUGCACAAAUCUGUAAUGGAAACUUGCCUAUUGUCAGGUUGGAUGAGGACCAUCGGUGGACAGAAAUUUUUAAAUCUAAGUUCUAGCUUGGUCACUUGAAGACAUUCAUAGAGUCGUCCCUAAACUACUCAUGCAUUAUUUUGGCAGUGUGCUGAGAGUCAUUGUCACUGUUUGAAGUGACUUAACACAGAAUAUGAAUAAUGCAAGAUUUACACACUAAACCCACAUGAAAGAACUAGUGGACGAAAGCGACUCUGUUGUUGCCUCGUGCUGUCUGUGUUUGGGCCAAAGUUGCGUUUGAACUCGGCACAAAGACUAUAGCCAACGGCCAACCAGAAUGUACUUUUGUCAUUAAGAAUGGGAAAAUGAGACUAGGACUGCGGAUACACAAAAAAGUAAUCAAAGCAGAACUUGCUUACCAUUUAAAAUAUGAAUUAAUUGGUCUUAACUUUUUUCUAAACAGCCAUGUCGUAAUAAAAGAGCAAGGCUCUGAGAUGCUUUGCACAACCCAUGUGACGGUUCUGUUUUGUGGUAAGGAGUUUAGACUGAGGUAAAAAAUGUAAGCAUUUUAGUAUGAAGCUGUGAUCAUCACAGGUGAAAUCUAGUCAUUUCAACAGGAAUUCUGCCUGAUUUCUUCAGACCGAGUUUGAUCUGCUGUGUGAGCUUUUUUGAGCACAAAAAUUUUGCUGAUGUGUCUGCACCUCAAAGGUGAAACAAAAAAAUGAAAGAGUCUGAAUACUUUCUGUAUUGCACUGUAAUCAUUUCCUUAGUGGUAUUUGCUAACGCAAGCAUCACAAUUACUGUUGAUCAUACUUGGGGCUUACUUGAAUAUUCCACACAGUACACAUUUGAUUCAGUUGUAUCUGUAAAACCAGAAUGGACAAAACUAAAUCUCGUCAUGUUCCUCAACCUGACUAUCAUUACCGUUGACUAACUCCAGGGCUACAGAAUUCGACUUGUCCUCCUCUGCAGGAGUAAAUGUUUUUCUCAAUUCAGACCAACGGGGCUCCUCAUGGCCCCCAGCAACACACGUUGCACCGACUGACUGAUUCUUCGGGGUGUGAAGUACCGGAGACGUGUUGCUUUGAAAGCAUCUGUAUAUAUGCAAUUAGACUGUAAAUAUACAUGAGCAGGAUCAAUCAUUCUUUGUACACUGAUGUCAAAUUCUUUCCAAACAGUACAUUGGCAGGACCUACUUUUAACAGCUGACUUCAUGAGUUGUCGAACAGCAUCCAAUCGAGUCAAGUGUCGGUCAUUACGGUCAUGAUCUUUUGAGCAGUGACUUAUGACCUCUUAGAGCUUUGCACUUUCUUUAUAGAUGUACUGCUCAUAUUUUUGUAGUUUUCACCCUACAAUUGUAAGCACUGCAAAAAAAAAAAAAAAAGAAAAAAAAACAAGGAAAAAGAAAAUGCACUGAAAGAGGUUCUUUACAUUGAAGGGGAUUCUUUGCUAAUGUUACCGAUAUCAAUGAAAUGUAUUCAGUCAGUUACGCUAAACAAUUUUUCUUGUGUUGUGGCAGACUGACUAUGUGAAGACUUUAUUGAACAAACACGGCAUUUUCUUCGUUUUUUUUGCUAUACAGAUUUCUGUGUGUUCUAAUAGCCAGCCUGUACUUUAUAAUCCAUUCUGUACAGUUCUAAUAGAUGUCUAUAUAAAUAGUAUGUUCUCUCUAUAUAUUCUGUUUCAAACAGGCAUCAUGUCAAAUGUGUGACAUUAUAAAGGGAAGAAAAACACGUCUAUUGGGCCUCCGGCAAUAUGUGAGUGUAAAUAGUUUAUUUUGCGUGACAAUGUAUCAUUUCUUUUUCUUGUGGUUGUUCAUUAUAAAUUUUUUUUUUUUUAUAUCUGUAAUUGAUCAACUAGCCUUUUCCCCUGUGUAGUAAACAAUUUGAUGUUACUGACGCUUAUUGCGCCCCUUUUUUAACUGAAGGUUGAUUCACGUCCAGGGGGAAAUAGCCAAGACAACCCCCAUCCUCAUUUGAUUUCUUGGAAAGCUCUUAACAUUGUAUAUGAAUGAAGAACUGUGACUGAGUACUGGAACACUGUUUAUGCAUUAUUUUGUAAGCCAAGAUUUUAUGCGCCGUUGGGUGAAUCUUACUUAAAGUGUUGAGAAAUGUCCCGGUCAGCCCAAAUUCAAAAAAGAAAAAAUACUUUGGAUUUUGGGAUGAACCUUGACAUUUGUUUGUAAAAUGCACCCGUUUAGGCAACUGGAAUUAGACACUUAAGUUCCCCUUUUUUUUUUUAUUUGUUUAGCUGGAUCACUGGUUGUGAGUGAAUGUGUGUGUGCGUUCUGGUGUGUGUGUGUGUGCGAGCGCGCAUGUGUUCUCGGCAGACUCAAUCUCUCACGGCUUUAGGUGUCAGUACUCUAUGCUUGUGCAUCCUGUGAGAAGCUUCUCUGCAGUCAGUGGAAAUGUUCCUUGUAAUACUGUGCAUUUAAUAAAAGUGGUAUGUCUUACUA